AAAAUAAAAAUAAAAGCACUAGCCAUUAGAAUGCAAGGAAAAAAGUCAAAUUUAAUCGUUGGUAAUUUAUUGUAAAUUGCUAGCGUUAAAUUUAGUUCAUAGCACGCGAUAUAUAGAAAAAAUAUAUCUUUAAUUUAAACUUCUGCGCUCAUGUAUACAUGGUGUGAAGGUUGAAUGGUUUGUGACGACUUGAACAAUGGUAAAAUGCAUGUAUCUAUUAUUUAAGCGUCUAUUAAAUUUGAAGGUUUGGCAUAAAUUUUUGAUAUAAAACAUACAAACUAAACUAAAUUAUAGGUUCAUAACCUCACAAACCUUUGAAAAUGGUGGUCUGAAAUCAAAUUAUGUAUGUUUGACAGCGGAAGAAAAGUCUACUGUAAAGUGUAAACCCAUUGACACAUGCAAAUUAGUAGGCAAUUUUAAGGCAAAUUUAUUACUAACACAGCAUUUACAUUUCCCAAUGUUGUUUUUUUGCUGUUUCUAGAGAUUUUUUCCACCUUCUCUGUCCCUCUCUUUCUUUCACGAUUAAAACCACAAAGAAAAAUCCGCAUUGGAAAAAUAAUAGAAUGUAAACCCAGAGCAACGAAUGACAUUUUGAAAUGGCUGUGUUCAAAGAAUCUAAAAGUUGUUAUCAUUCAACAACGAAACCUUUCAUUUCCACAGCAACUUUCUUCUAUUAAAUCGAUAAAAAUUCCAGACGAAAAGUAAAAAUAAAAACACAAAAUACUCUCAAAAACACGACUCAUUUUUGAAUAUCCAAUGAGAAAUUUGAAAUUUUCUCAAAACAAUGCCAAUAACUGAGGCACCAUCAGAAAAUUUUGAAAGUUCACCAGAAUCAUCACACUCUGGUGAUGUCCCGCCGCCGCCGGCAAACCCAGAAAUUCCAGCCCCAUUUUUAAAUGUCAAUCCAAAUCCAAAUGUUGAACAAAUUUUCCUUCGUCGUUCGUUAAGUAACAUUUCAUUGGACAUUGCUGAAAUCGAAGAAGAUGACAACUAUCCAGGUCGGGCAUAUUUGUUGCCUGUUGUUUUGCCCAAUGUCACUGAGCCAACACUUGAUGAACUUUUGAGACGUGUAACUGGCCGUCAUGAUAUCCAAAAUGUUGACAGCGUUAAAUUACGUGUCAUCUCGUACAUGGUCAGCUUGUGUAGACUUUCAUUGUUUAUGCCUCGAUUGGUACAUUUAGAUCUCAGUGGAAGUGUUUUGAAUUCCUUGAGAGAUCUUGGAUGUGGACUUAUUCAUUUGACACAUUUAAAUGUCAGUAAUUGUGGACUGAGUAGUGUUGACGGGACAAGUUGUAUUCCAACAAUUGAAGUACUUAUUGCCGAUGGAAAUAUGAUUCAGUUAGUUGGUCCAUUGUCAACGCUGGUGAUGUUAAAAAAGCUCAGUUUGAAGAAUAAUCGAAUAAGUGAUUUGGGAAUGUUGACGUUUCUUGGAAUGUGCACAAAUUUGAUUGAUGUAGAGUUACAGGGUAAUCCUGUGACAAAUUAUAUUUUGUAUCGCAGAACAUUGCAAAGGAAUCUACCUUCGUUGGAGCUUUUGGACGGACAGCCAUUUACAGAUGAUAAUGAGAUGGUAGAUGGCGCUGUUGUAACUUUCGGUGGAGAUGAUACAACAGAUGCUGAAUCAUCAUUAUCAGAUGAGAUCUAUUCGGAAGGUUCGAAUAGCUUGGUGAGCAUUGCCUCUGCGACGUUAGAUGAACGACCAUCAACAAGUGGAGGCAUUUGUAAUGUCGCAAUUAUAAAGCCAGAUCAACGUCCAAUGUCAAGUUCUGGUACAUCGUUCCAAAGAUCUUCUUCCCUUCAGGGAAAUCCUGUUGUUGGAACAGUUUUGGGUAUUGCACGAAUGAGAAAAAGAAGUCAACAAUCAGCUUGGGGAUCAUCUACAAGUUCAUCGUCUUCUUCAAGUAGCUUGGAUGCAAACAGAGUAUUCCCAAAUAGAUUGCCACAGACUAUUCUACCUCCACUUUUACGCAAUCCAAGUCAGGAGAGCAAUAGAGCCAGUUUUUCAGGUUCAGAUGAAAGUUAUUCAAGUUUGCAGGAAAUUGCAAGGAGAUGGAGAGAAGAGAUAAGCGGAAAUAAUGUUCCUAUUCAAAAGCGAGAGAAUGAAGAAAAGUAA